GACACGUGGUGAUCGUUGAAAGUGAAACUGAAAAGCAGACAGGUCUUCACGGCGAUCAGAGAAAUAGUUGUGAUGUUUUAGCGGACGUCUGCAGCAUGGAGUUUAUCAAAGACAUCAUUAUCAUCAUUGAUGAAGCUGAUUACAAAGACCAUGGAAAAUUAAGAAAGAUUCUUCAAGCUUACAGUCCUGAGAAAAACGGUUCCUGCUACAAAGUGAGGGGAACAUAUGAGGAACUAGAAAACCUUUCAAUCACACUGUCAGCGGUGAGGCAUUGUUCCAUUCCUGCCACACAUGGACUCACCUGUCAGCAGGGUGAACAGGCUUCAACUCAUGUCAAAUCAGUGGAUGUAUCUGGGGUUGUUAUGGCCUACAUUAAGCAAAAAUGUGCAAAAGCACUUGGCAAAAUUCUGGGGAACAAUUUUGUCAUUGAAACACAGCCUCAUCAGAGCAGCCUUAUCAGAACAGUGCACAAUAACCCUACCAGCACAGUACAAGUAACUGUCAGACAACACCAUGUCUCCACAUACCAUGUUCCUGCUGACUGUGUCAGACAACGAUUCAUCACAUUCUACCAGAGAACUGCCUCCGACCUGCAGGUCACAUCUGUCCCUGUGGGUUCACAUGACCACAAAGAGCUGCAGAGGAGAUUUCCACACCUCCUUUUUAAACCCAGCCACAAGAAAUAUGAAGUAACAGUGACCGGGCCUUUUGUGCACACUGCCAGAUUAAAAGAGUUUCUUUUACAAAAUACACCGAGCUCAAGCAAGAGUCAAGUGCACAGAGGUCCAGCUGUCUCUCCAAAGAGAAGUAACUCAGGUCCUUCACCCACACACAGCAAAGAUUCUGAAGAUGAAUCAUGUCCAAUCUGUAUGGAACCAAUAGUAACAACAGACAAGGAGACUCUGCGAUGCAAACACUCAUUCUGCAGACACUGUCUGAAAACAGCUUUUGACUACAAGCCGGUCUGCCCUACAUGUGGAGAGUUAUACGGCCUUUUGACAGGGACACAACCAGAUGGGGGCAGAAUGGAUGUCACCCAAAACUCUUCAUCUUUGCCUGGAUAUGAGAGAUAUGGAACAAUAAUCAUCCAUUAUACUAUUCCAAGUGGCAUCCAAAAGGUGGACCAUCCUAACCCUGGUCAGCCAUAUGAAGGUGCAUCUCGUACAGCCUACCUGCCAGACUCCUCAGAGGGCAGGAGGAUCCUAAAACUACUGAGGCAAGCCUUUGAUCAGAGACUCAUCUUCACUGUUGGUCGCUCCACCACCAGUGGCAGGAACAAUGCUGUCACAUGGAAUGAUAUUCACCACAAAACUUCGACACAUGGAGGACCAACUCACUAUGGAUACCCAGAUCCUGAUUAUCUCAAACGAGUUCAAGAUGAGCUGAAAGUCAAGGGAAUUGAAUGAGUCACAUUAAGGUUUGACAUUUGCUAAGAUGACGUUUUAAAGAGACUAAAUAACAUGACCAUCUCAAAAAGUUAGGGACAAACACCAUCACAUUUUCAAAUGCACACACUUUUAAAUGUAAGGCAUUAUGCCAUAGUGGACUACAAACCAGGAGGGAUAAUGGAAUUUUAAUGUAAUUUUAUGUACUAUAAUUAGUCAACCAUACAAAGAUGUAUUUUUCUGUUUUCUUUAACCAUUCUAUUUUUGUUAAUGGGUAUUCUUCUUGGAUUAUUGUUUGCUGACUCAUUUUGUUAUUUAUGUUCAGAUAAUGUGACAAUAAAAAAUCUCUGCAACUAGCUAAACUAACU